GUCUCGCUCCAGAGGCUGCGAAUGGAAGCGGUGGCUUGACGGAUCCUCCCUCCGGCCCUCUCUAGGAUGCUCACGGGAGGCUGACUGGGUGGGCUGGUGGUGAUCUGAAAGUAAACAUGGCGGCCGCGGCGGCUGUUGCGCUGCUAGCCGAUGCUAAGGGAGGCGGCGUAGCAGCAUCCGCCGGAGCUGGCCUGAGGACCGCGUCCGAGUGAGCGGCGCGGGGCACCCAGUUGCCUGUAUUCCCCUUAGCCCAGCCUUGUCCUGCCUCGGCCGAGAUGGAGGCGGUGGGGGCCGGGGAGGAGAGCGAGGAGCCUCCCAAAGAGGUCCGGAUCCUGGGCUCGGAGCUGGUGGAGAACUACACGGUAUAUAUCAUUCAAGUCAGCGUCGGGAACCAUCAGUGGAUAGUUAAACAUCGAUACAGUGACUUCCAUGACCUACACGAAAAGCUUGUUUCUGAUAAGAAGAUAGAUAAGAAUUUGCUGCCUCCUAAGAAGAUCAUUGGCAAAAAUUCCAAAACCUUGGUGGAAAAAAGACAGAAGGAACUGGAAAUUUAUCUACAGACUCUCCUUGUUAAAUUUCCCUUAGCUGCACCCAAAGUAUUGUCACACUUCUUACACUUUCAUUUCUAUGAAAUCAUUGGGAUCACAGCAGCGCUGGCUGAAGAACUUUUUCACAAAGGGGAACAGUUGCUGAUGGCUGGAGAAGUCUUUACCAUUAGACCUUUGCAGUUAUAUGCUGUUACUCAACAGCUGCGUCAGGGAAAACCUACGUGUGCAAAUGGAGAUGCCAAAACUGAUUUGGGUCACAUCCUGGAUUUCACAUGUAGACUCAAAUAUUUAAAGAUAAAUGGCGCAGGUGGACCUUUUGGAACAAGUAACAUUCAGGAACAUCUUCUGCCUUUUGACCUAUCGAUAUUUAAAUCUCUUCAUCAGAUACAGAUAAAUCACUGUGGAGCAAACCUUGUUAAAGGGCUGACAACUUCAAAGAAUACUUUAGCAACACUGAGUGUUCAGUUUUCAGCAACUUCAAUGAUGGAGGUCCUAGUGCCUGAGGCCUUUGAAUUUGACCAGUGGGAGCCUGAAGGUGCACCUUCAAGUCAUCCUGUGACAGCAGUUAUUCCAACCUGGAAAACAUUAACAACUUUAGAUAUGAGUCACAAUAGCAUAUCGAAAAUUGAUGAUUCUGUGAAACUGAUGCCGAAGAUAGAGUUCUUGGAUUUGAGCCACAAUGAUGUACCUCUAGUGGAGAACUUGCAGCAUCUCUACAAUCUCGUUCAUCUGGAUCUGUCAUACAAUAAACUUGUGACAUUAGAAGGCAUUCAUACAAAACUUGGGAACAUCAAAACUUUGAAUUUAGCAGGGAACCUUCUAGAAAGGCUCUGUGGCCUUAACAAACUGUACUCCUUAGUGAACCUGGAUCUUAGCAACAACAAAAUAGAACAGAUUGAUGAAAUAAGGAACCUAGGAGGACUCCCAUGUUUAGAAAAAGUGGUCUUAUCCAAUAAUCCUCUGAGCAUUAUUCCCGAUUACAGGACCAAAGUAUUAGCUCAGUUUGGUGACAGAGCCUCAGAGGUCUGUUUGGAUAAUACUAUAACCACUGAAAAGGAGCUUGACACUGUAGAAGUAUUGAAGGCAAUCCAGAAAGCAAAAGAUGUCAAAUACAAAAUGAAUAACUCAGAUAAAAAGAUUACUGAGGAUUCCAAGCUUUCUGCUGCCAGUUCAAAAUCAAACUGUUCUUCUCUCCCUAUACACUCUUCUUCUCCUUCUCUGCCUCAUCCUGUCUGCUCCAGUCAAGGAAUAACUUGCAGAAAAGCAGCUCCAGCCAGCAGUUUUUCAUCAAGUAGUUUGACUCCUCAAAGCCAUACAGUUACCCAAAGAUGCUCUGAAAUACUAGAAGCAGGAAGCAGAAGUCAGGUACCUGCUUCAGAAUUUGACAUUUCUAAAGAAAAUGAGAAUACCCAUCACAUGUGCUUGGAUCAGUCAGAGGAAGAACCUGAUGCCUUGCCUGACCCUUUCAAUACUGUUAUCCUACCUUUUACUUGUAUGUCGUACACUGCCACAAACCAGGAUUUUGUGCAGCACCUCUCUGCCUUGAUAGCAGAAGCUGUGGAAACUGCGGACCCUUUCUUGGCGGAAAUUCAAAACACAGGGAGCCUUUUGAGUGAUUCCAGAAUUACAGACUCUGAAGAUGGCUACUUUGAAAUGGGACUUCAUGAAGGAGACCGCGUAUUAGAGUUCACCACUUGUUCAGAUAUUGUCGCAACCUCUUCUGACAGCACAAAAGCAGAGCAAGAUCACAUACUCAAAGUCCUCUGGAGUUUUUCAAUUCAGGUUCAUAAAGAACUCAGGCAGUUUGCUUCCUGCUUGGUUUUGACCCAUAGUGUGGUAGCUGUAUUUGAGAUUCCUCAAGACUCCAAAGGAAACUGCCAGCAUAUUUUUUCUGCCUUGAAACUAGCACUGUGUUUUCCAUAUUCUGACCUCUCAGAAUUUGGCUUUUUAAUACCAGAAAUAUGUCUGAUGCUCAAGUUAAAGAACAGCGACACCUGCUUAUUGGUAGUUUCAGAUUCUCAGAAUCUGCUAGAUUUCUAUUCCUGUUUACAUAGGUGGUGUUCUCAGUGCUGCAUGCCUGUUUCAGCAAGUUCCCUCCUGUAUUGUGGCAAAGCGAGUUUGCAAGAAUUUGUCUACCAGCUGAUGGGAUUUUAUCACAUUUCAUCUGAAAACACAGAAAUAAAAGGAUGUUUCCCGGUGUAUCUUUUCUGCCAUGAUAAUGCCACUACUGAAAAAGCUUUGUGUCAGGCAGAAAUAGCCAGUGGUGACAAAACUUAUCCUAAAUAUAUUGGUGGCUCCAAUCUUUAUUCAGCAGUUUCUAAAUCUGCUGAAGAGAGCCACUGUAUGUUCCAUCCCUGUUGGAUAUUUCUAACACCCCAGCACCUGCAUAUAGUUCAAGUUGACUUUACUGUGUUGCCAGGUGAAUACAGAGAGACCAAGGAUGCACGGAGCAUAUUCAACCUGAGCAGGAUUCCCCUGGCUUCUGUUCUUUUGCAUCCUACCAGUCAUUCUAUUCAGCAAGAAGGCUCAUUUUCAGAUGGGCAUAUGCUAGAAUUCCUCAUUGGCUACAAAUUCAUCACAGCAGUGUUUGUGCUACCUCAUGAGAAAUUCCAUUUUCUAAGAGUCUAUAGUCUUCUGAGGACACUUCUGCAAGACAUCAAAACUAUAAUGAUAUUCAAAGCUUCCAGUAAUGCAGAAUCAGUAAGAAAAUCUCUCUCUGACUUCAAGAGGCUUGGCCAAAAUGCAAGCUUUUCCAAGCCUCAUUUGCCAUUUUCAUCUCUCUACCCAUCUGAAUUUCUGAUGCACAAAAUUACUGAAGAAAAUCUGAUACCUGUGCACCUUCCAGUCUCUUCAUGUCUUCAGUAUGUAGCUGGGCUAAAGGAAAAAGCCAUUAUGGAAUUUUUCCAUUGCAGCAUUGCUGAGGUGGAGAAUGAAGAGCUGAGGCAUCUCAUGUGGUCAUCUGUUUUGCUUUACAAAAUUCCUGACGUGGAAGUCACAGCUUGUGUUCUACUCUCAACUAAAGCUAUUUACUUUCUGUUGGAUGAUAAUGUGAUUCAUUCCAGUGAGCAUCCUUUGGAUUUUUGGAACAAGGGUCCAUUUGAUCAUAAAUUUAGCUCCUUCCAUCUUUCUUGUUGCUUAGUUAUAAAAUUGAAUGAUCUGCACUCUGUAAACAUUGGCCUUUUUGAUCAAUAUUUUCGACUUACUGGACAUUCAGCAGAACAUAUAUUAACUUGCCUAACGAGAGACAGUUACAGUACUCAUGCCUUUAUUCAGCACCUCAUGGCAGUGCUCUCAUUGCUGGCAAGGACACCAUCUCCAGAACCAGUGGACAAGGAUUUCUACUCUGAAUUUGGAAAAAAGAAUAAAGGUAGAAUAAUUCCAAAUGUUGUUAUAAUAUGAGUGAUGGGUGCAAUGACAUGUAUUUCUCAGAGAAGAUGCCAUAGAUGCCUCUGAAAAUGCCAGCUGUAGUAUUGGGUAAAACAUUGGGAGCAAGAACUGCAGGACUGGAAAACCCACAUAGCCCAUUAGGGAGGUAUCCUUCUGCUUUUCUUUCAGAAGGAAAAAAAAGAAUCUCUUGGCUUGCUCGUGAAGUAGGGAGUUUUCAGGUUUUUCUUUGGCAGUCCUCCCCCAUUACAAAGUCUGAGAGAUUCACUGCUUUUCUUGCAGUUUGGGAUGUGGGUCAGGAACCUUGAAUUCCUUUAUUACUCUAUAGAAAACAUGAUGUAGUGAUUAAGGUGUUGGACUUGGCUCCAUGGAGGUUUGCUUGGAUGACCAUGGACCAAUCACACACUCUCAGCCUUCAUCCUGGCUAGUGUUUGGAUGGGAGUCCUCCAAGGAAUACCUGGUUCAUGGAGGCUAGCAAUAGCAAACCACCUCCUAUCGACUCGCCUUGAAAACCUGUGGGGUUGCCAUAAGACAUCUGUAAAUUGAUGGCAAAAAACUCUCUAUAGGUGGUCACCGGAUAUUGAUGUGGCCAAGUAUCUCGUGUCAAUAAGAACUCCCUUUCCUCUUAUUAGUGUCAUCUACCAUUUCGUCCUUUCCCAGGCUUUGUGAGUGUAGCUUUGCUUCUGCUUUUCUUGAGAGUAACUGCAUUCUAAAACUGGGACUUGAUGCUACUGGAUGAGCACAAGAGGGUCUCCAUUGGACCGGAUCUAACAGGGUUUUAAUUGGACCAUUUCUGCGUAGGCAAUGUAGUGGGUCCUUCUUUGGUAGAAGCAUAUAUAUGAAGCAUUAAAAAAUAGCAAACAGUAGGGCAAAUGUCCAUAAAAUUCAGAAAGAAAGGGUGAAAUGUAAUUGUAUAAAUCAAGGAAGUACAGACACCAUUCACAAGAAUAGUAAAGGGCCAUUUCUGUAGUUUUGCAAAAACAAUUGAAAAGUUUUAUUAAGGUAGCUAGCACCUAUGACUAAGGAAACCCAAGGCCUUAUUCAGCGUUCAGAAGAGAUUGUACAAAAUCUUAUGAAAUCUUUAAGGUGCAACUAGCCUCCUGUUUAUGUUUGCUGCAACAGAUUAACACAGCUACCCUCUGGAAUUUUUAUAUUUUUAAUAUGUCCUUAUUUUUACAUUCUAAAAGUCUUGAUUUGCAUUCCGAAUCAAAAUAUGAACAACUUUUUAAAAUCUGGACUUCUAUAAAAGAAAGAUAUUCAUAUUUAUAAGAAGCUAUGUGUGAUCUGUCACUACAAAUAUUGCCAAGUAUAUUCCCCUACCUUCUUAAACAGAUUCUGCAAGUAGCUGAGCUGAUUCUGCAAUUCACUGGAGACAGUGAAGCAGAAAUAAGCAGGGAAAGUAAAGAGAUGAUUUCACAGUAUCCUGAUUUCACCGGAUCUGAUUAUUAAUUGUUUCGAUUGCAUGUAUUCAUUUGUCAGUUAAAAAGCAAGCUUGUUGAACCUUUUAAUGGUCACUAGGUUUCUUUUAGAAAUUUCCAAAAUAUCGCUAUUUAGCAUCAUACUUGGCAUUUUACACAGCACUUCCUAGAUUUCUGAGUGCCUCCAUAGAUCUUUCAACAGUCCUGUCAAAGACUAAGAAAUACAAAGUAUAAGUCAAAACUAUAACUUUUGC